AUGGCUUCAACUGAUAAUUUAAAUCAAUUGGAGCCAACAUUUAUGUACACCCAAAUAUUCAAGGAUAUUCUUCUUGAUAUGAAACAUGAUAAACAAGCUAUACAAGACUUUAUUACUUACAGUCGACAAAACGACUGCGGAUCGACAAAGAUUAUUAAUGAAUUUGAAAAAAAGUAUGAUGCUCAGUCAGCUAUUUAUUGGUAUAGUUAUCCAUCAUUUCUCUAUUCUAUGCUGAAUAAUGCUCUUCGCUUUAUGGAAGGCGAUACCAUUAUUAAUAUGGGAUUUUUUAUUCAUGAUCUUCACCAACAAAUACAAAAGUUACAUCGACAGCAGGUUAAUAGCUAUCAUGGUAAACCAUUUAUAGUUUACCGGGGACAAGGUCUAUACAAAGCAAAUUUCCAAAAGCUCCAAAAAACAGAAGGUGGUAUAAUGUCUUUCAAUAACUUUUUAUCCACUAGUACCGAACAAGACAUAGCUCUCGGGCUAGCUUAUAGUGCGUCAGAAAACGAGGAUAUGGUUGGCAUUUUAUUUAUAAUGUCCAUUGAUCCUUGUAUAAAAUCAGCACCAUUUGCCUCAAUCAAAGAGAAGAGUUAUUUUAAGAACGAAGAAGAAAUUCUCUUCUCAAUGCAUACAGUCUUUCGAGUGAGUGCAAUUAAACAAAUGGGCAAUAACAAUCAGCUUUAUCAAGUUGAGUUACAAUUAACCUCGGAUGAUGAUCAUCAACUUCGAUUACUAACUGAUCAGAUGCGAGAAGAAUCUGAUGGAAAUAGUGAAUGGGAGAGAUUGGGUAGAUUGCUGCUUAAAAUUGGUCAAUGUAAUAAAGCUCAAGAGCUUUUUGAUGUAUUACUCGAGCAGACAUCUGACGAGAGUAAAAAAGCGUUUUAUUAUAAUCAAUUGGGAUAUGUCAAAGAAGACCAAGGUAAUUAUGCCAAGGCUAUUUGGUAUUACCAAAACGCACUUGCAAUUCGAGAAAAAACUGUUCCUUCAAAUCAUCCUGAUUUGGCUACUUCAUAUAGCAACAUUGGCUGGGCAUAUAACAAAAUGGCAGACUACCCAAAAGCACUUUCCUUUACCGAAAAGGCACUUGAAAUUGACCAAAAAACUCUUCCUUCAAAUCAUCCUGAUCUGACUACUUCAUACAACAAUAUCGCUGGUAUCUAUGACAACAUGGGAGAGUAUUCAAAAGCACUUUCAUUUUCCGAAAAAGCACUUGAAAUUGACCAAAAAACUCUUCUUUCAAAUCAUCCUUCAUUGGCUACUUCAUACAACAACAUUGGUUGGGUAUAUGAAAGUAAGAAAGACUAUUCGAGAGCACUAUCAUAUUACGAAAAAGCACUGAAAAUUCGAGAAAAAACUCUUCCUCCAAAUCAUCCUUCAUUAGCUACUUCAUACAACAACAUCGCUGGUGUGUAUGAAAACAUUGAAGAACACCAAAAAGCACUAUCAUAUUACGAAAAAGCACUAAAAAUUCGAGAAAAAACUCUUCCUUCGGAUCAUCCUUCAUUAGCUACUUCAUACAACGAUAUCGCUGGUGUGUAUGACAGCAUGGGAGAGUACUCAAAAGCACUUUUAUUUUCCGAAAAAGCACUUGAAAUUGACCAAAAAACUCUUCCUUCAAAUCAUCCUAAUUUAGCUACUUCGUACAACAACAUCGGUUGGCUAUAUAAAAAUAUGAAAGACUAUUUGAAGGCACUUUCAUAUUACGAAAAAGCUCUAAAAAUUCGAGAAAAAACUCUUCCUCCAAAUCAUCUUUCAUUGGCUACUUCAUACAGCAAUAUCAGUCUGGUGUACAAAAGCAUGGGAGAGUACUCAAAAGCACUAUUAUUUUCCGAAAAAGCACUAGAAAUACGAGAAAAAACUCUUCCUUCAGAUCAUCCUGAUUUGGCUACUUCAUACAACAACAUGGGCUGGGUGUAUGAUAACAUUGGAGAACAUCCAAAAGCACUUUCAUUUCACGAAAAAGCACUAGAAAUUCGAGAAAAAACGCUUCCUUCAGAUCAUCCUUCAUUGGCUACUUCAUACAGCAACAUCGGUUUGGUGUAUGAAAACAUGGGGGAGUACUCGAAAGCGCUUUCAUUUCACGAAAAAGCACUUGAAAUUCGGCAAAGAACUGUUUCUUCAAAUCAUCCCGAUUUAGCUACUUCGUACAAUAACAUUGGCUCAGUGUAUAAAAGCAUUGGAGAAUACCAGAAGGCACUUUCCUUUCACGAAAAAGCACUUAAAAUUCAAGAAGGAACUCUUUGUCCGAAUCAUCCUUCAUUAGCUACUUCAUACAGCAACAUCAGUCUGGUGUACAAAAGCAUUGGAGAAUACUCGAAAGCACUUUCAUUUUCCGAAAAAGCUCUAGAAAUUGACCAGAGAACUCUUCCUUCGCAACAUCCUGAUUUGGCUACUUCAUACAACAGCAUCGGUUUGGUCUAUGAAAAUAUGAGAGACUAUUCGAAAGCACUUUCAUAUUUUGAACGUGCUUUAGGCAUACUACAAAUUCUACCAAUGCUUCGUAAUUUUGGUCGAAUUGCGACAAAUGUUUGUCGUCAACAUCGUAUUGCUUUUGAAGUUGUUCGAACUCUUGCAUCAACACCACUUAACAUGCCUUCUCUUUCCCCAACAAUGAGCGAAGGAACAAUCAUUAGAUGGCUUAAAAAAGAAGGCGAAGAAGUUAAUCCUGGUGAUGCUUUAUGUGAAAUUCAAACAGAUAAAGCAACUAUGACUCUCGAUACUGAAGACGAAGGAAUUCUUGCUAAAAUUCUAAUGCCUGAUAAUUCAACUGAUGUUAAAGUUGGAAAAUUAAUUGCACUUCUCGUUGAAAAAGGUGAUGAUUGGAAAAAUGUUGAAGUACCAAAGACUGAAGAAAAAAGUUCAAGUUCAAAAAGUACAGAAACUAAAAAAGUUGAAACAAAAGAUAAACAAGAAAAACAAGAAAAACCUAAAAGUGAUAAACAACAAGCUGAACAAUCUCACCAUGCUAUUGGUCCAGCUGCACGUACUCUGUUAGACCAAUAUGGUAUUGAAUCUUCAAAAAUAAAAGGCACUGGACCACAUGGUGUUGUUAUGAAAAGUGACGUACAAAAAUAUAUUGACAGUAACCAACUUAAAGUUAAAUCACAUAGUGAGGAAAAGAAAUCUACUACUAAACAGACAACAUCGGACACACAAAAAAAACAACAAAUUUCAGAAUCAGGAGGACGUCGAUAUCAUGAUAUAGAAAUCUCAUCUAUUCGUCGAGCUAUUGCUAAACGUUUAACAUAUUCAAAAACAAAUAUACCUCAUCAAUAUAUAAGUAUAACAUCUAAUGUUGAUCAAAUACUUAAAUUACGUAAACAAAUGGUUAGUGAUCCAAAAGCAACAGUUAAAGUAUCGGUGAAUGAUUUUAUUAUUAAAGCAGUAGCAUCAGCACUUCGACAAGUACCACAAAUGAACGGUAUUUAUGAUGAUAAACAAGGUCUUAAACUUCAAUCAUCAGUGGAUGUAAGUGUUGCAGUUGCAACUGAUAAUGGUCUUAUAACACCAAUUGUAUUUAAUGCCGAUCGUUUAUCCGUACAAGAUGUUAAUGGACAAGUUCGUCAAUUAGCAACAAAAGCUAAAGAUGGAAAAUUAAAACCGAAUGAAUUUCAAGGUGGUUCAUUUACAAUAUCAAAUUUAGGUAUGUUUGGUAUACGAUCAUUUUCGGCUGUUAUUAAUCCACCACAAAUUGGUAUAUUGGCUAUUGGUCAAAAUCUUCUUAAACAUACUGGUGAUGAUUUAAAAGCUGAAAAUCAAUUAACUGUUACAUUAUCUUAUGAUGCUCGUGCAUGUGAUCCUCAAUCAAGUGCAUUAUUUCUUCAAGCAUUUCGAUCAUAUAUGGAGAAUCCUAAUAUGCUUCUAUCGAACAACAAAUCAGAAUCAAUUCUUAACUUUUAA